AUGUGUGACUUAAGUGCUAUACCACAGGGCAUUAAGACUCUAAAUAUGACGUCUUUUGUGCGAAGAUUAAUUAGCAAUUCUCGUAUUGUUGGGGUUUCUGUGCUGAAAAAUAACAUCAGACUUUUUCAUCAGUCUCCAUACUUUGUGGAUAUUCCCGACUGCUCCGUGUCGGAAUUCCUGAUACAAGGAUUUCACAAUUUUGGAAAAUUUACAGCUCUUAUCGAUGGAAAAACCGGAAGUAAAACCUCCUUUGGUGAACUUGAAGAUCAAAUAUCUAGAACUACUACAGGGUUUCAAAGCAUCGGACUGACCAAAUCAGAGGUCGUUUGUCUGUUUGGCACGAAUGCAGUAGAGUUCAUUCAUACCUUAUGUGGUGUUACGUCAGCGGGAGGAAUCCUGACCAUUGCCAACUCACAACUCACUUCCGUGGAACUGUCACACCAGCUGUUGGAGACUGACACAAGCUAUAUUGUUACAACUCCCGACUGUGCACCUAGAGCUAGAGGAGCUGCUACACUCUGUCCUAACAUCCGAGAAAUAAUAGUAAUAGGUAACGCCGAGGGUUGUCGCCCUUUCAGUACACUUCAGACAGUCGGCGACCAGGUGAAGAGAGUGACUGUGAACGUAAAACAAGAUAUAGCGUUGAUGCCUUACUCUAGCGGGACUACAGGUCUUCCCAAGGGAGUGCAACUCACCCACCAUAACCUGGUGUCUCAACUCUCACAACUAAGACACAAAUCCAUACUUCCGUUCACUGCAGGAAGUGACGUAUCUAUAAAUCCGUUACCCAUGGUACACAUAGCUGGGAUGAUGAUAGGAUUACUGAAUCCUCUGUCGCAAGGCGCAUGCGUGGUGACUUUACCGAGGUUCGAACCCGAGCCUUAUUUAUCAGCUAUAGAGACUUACAGGGGAACAUUUUCUCUAAUAGCGCCUCCUUUAGUAAACUUCUUUGCCAAGCAUCCGUUGGUGGAUAAGUUCGAUCUAUCGAGUCUCCAAACCCCGUAUUCAGGAGCGGCCACACUGUCACGAGCUCUCACGGAACAAAUGGCGGAGCGACUCCAAGUCACGAGCAUCAGACAAGGUUACGGUAUGUCUGAAACAACGGGGGCAACCCAUACAGAUCCACUGGAUGGCUGGAAAUAUGGUUCCAUCGGAAAACCCGUCCCUAACACACAAUGCAAGAUAGUAUGUGUGGACACGGGUGACAUUAAGGGAGCUGACGAAUUUGGAGAGAUCGUGUGUAAGGGGCCACAAGUGAUGAAAGGUUAUCUUAACAACGAAGAUGCUACCAUGGAAACCGUAACAGCUGACGGUUGGAUAAAAACAGGUGACAUUGGAUAUUUCGACAAAGAUGGUCACUACUUCGUGGUUGACAGAUUGAAGGACAUCAUCAAAUACAAAGGCUACCAGAUCUCGCCGACCUAUCUAGAAUCAAUUCUUACGUCACAUCCGGCUGUUAUGGAGGCGGCAAUCGUUGGAAUACCGUGUGAUGAGAUGGGCGAGGUGCCUCGGGCGCACGUCGUUUCCAGGUCACGUAUUUCUGCUGAAGAACUCAUCAAAUAUGUAAAUGAUCGAGUGUCGCCAUUUAAAAGACUGCGUGGUGGCCUCGAAUUCGUAACAGAAAUUCCAAAAUUACCCAGCGGGAAAAUUCUACGACGAAAAAUUAAAGAUGAUACAUUGAAGAAGACAAACAAUGUUAAAACGAUGCGUGUUUAA